AUUCCCCACUCGUGCUGUGUUAGCUAUCAACAGCUGGACAUUCGGCCAGAAAGUAUCUACUGGGCUGGAGAGUAAACAAAAUCAGCUGAGGAAGGUUUCCUGCCUAUCCUAAUGAUUUCUACUGAAAGAGUGAAGGUUAGAGUGAAGACAGCAUUUGAUGUCCCUCGUGGUAAAAAUCACCUUCUUGGACGAUCAGUGCCAGAGGGUGUCCGUGGAUGUGUGGAACUUGCAUCCUCACCAAUAAUCAGGCUCCUAGUUUGGUUGGAUGAUCAAUCAAGAAGAUGCCAGAGUUGUAUGAGUUUCUUAUGAACCGAUUGGCAUUGUAUCACAAUCUGCAGUAUGAUUUACAGGAUGAUAAGGAACCUGAGCUCCUCUUCUACAAUCUGAAGGAUGAAGUUGUUCAGCGUUACCUGGUAAGGGAUAUGACGGCCGAUCAGCUUUCAGCUCUCCUUGAAUCAUUGGGAUUUUACAAAAAGUCAGCGAAGGGAGAAGAAGUCCCAAAGGAAUUCCAGCAUUUUCCAUUAAAAGCUCCACGAGAUGAGCUGUAAAUCAAUGAAUGUCAUGCACAGUGGUGACUGCACAUUCAGUGUGGAGAUGACUUCCAAAAUGCACCGAUGAUGUUCGAGUCUAAAAGGCAGUCAACAGUCAGGGCUCGAACUGAAUGUCUGCUUCUU